ACUUUCUAUUUUUGUGAUAUCUACUUCGAUUCCAUGAUAUCUCCUUCCCUCUCUACCACAUAGUCCGCUUUAUCUUCUUGUUUUCGUUUUCCAUUCCUAUUGAAAUCUAAGUAAUCACAGUUCAGAAAGAGGUUGACUGCUUGAUUGAACAAUUUAUUUGUUAUUACAUCUUCAAUUGUGGGUUGAUAUAAUAUUUCAGAAUGUCGAAAAUUAAGGCAGGACCAGUUGUGGAUUGUCUUGGAGAUGAAAUGACGAGAAUAAUUUGGGAUGCUAUAAAAGAAAAAUUGAUUCUUCCAUUUUUGGAUAUAGAAUUACAUGUUUAUGAUCUUGGUAUAGAGUACCGUGAUAAAACUAAUGAUCAGGUCACUAUUGAUUGUGCUGAAGCCAUCAAGAAGUACAAAGUAGGUAUCAAAUGCGCCACUAUUACUCCAGAUGAAAAGAGAGUAGAAGAAUUUAAUUUGAAAAAAAUGUGGAAAUCUCCCAACGGAACUAUUAGAAAUAUACUUGGAGGAACUGUGUUUCGGGAAGCUAUAAUUUGUAAGAACAUUCCAAGAUUGGUUACUGGUUGGAACAAACCAAUAAUUAUAGGACGUCAUGCUCAUGCUGACCAAUAUAAAGCCACAGAUUUUGUGGUUCCUUCUGCAGGAAAAUUGGAAAUGAUAUUUACACCUGAAGUAGGGGAACCAAUUAAAUAUGAAGUUAAUACUUAUAAGGGACCAGGUGUUGCAAUGGGGAUGUUCAACACUGAUGAAUCUAUAAUUGCUUUUGCACAUUCAUCAUUCCAGUUUGCUUUAGACAGGAGUUACCCAAUUUAUCUGAGUACUAAGAAUACUAUAUUGAAACGAUAUGAUGGACGUUUCAAGGAUAUUUUCCAAGAAAUUUAUGAUAGAGAUUAUAAAUCAAAGUUUGAAGCAAAAAAAAUUUGGUAUGAACACAGGUUAAUUGAUGAUAUGGUUGCUUAUGCUAUGAAAUCUGAAGGGGGAUUUGUGUGGUCAUGUAAGAAUUAUGAUGGAGAUGUUCAGUCUGAUUCUGUAGCACAAGGAUAUGGAUCUCUUGGGCUUAUGACAUCUGUAUUGAUAUGCCCAGAUGGCGAAACUGUGGAAGCCGAAGCAGCUCAUGGUACAGUAACUCGACAUUUCCGUCAGUAUCAAAAGGGACAAGAAACAUCCACCAAUUCAGUUGCAUCCAUUUUCGCUUGGACUAGAGGACUACUUCAUCGUGCAAAGUUGGAUAAGAAUAAUGAGCUUAAAAAUUUUGCUCAAACUCUAGAAACUGUUUGUAUUGAAACCAUUGAAGCUGGAUUCAUGACCAAAGAUUUGGCAAUAUGCAUUAAAGGAAUGAAUAAUGUCCAAAGGUCAGAUUACCUUGAAACAUUUGAAUUUAUCAAUAAAGUUGCAGAAAACUUGAGGAAGAAGCUUGGUAAGUGACUAUUCAAGAAGAGUCAGUUAUAAAUCAAAACCUUAUAUUUUAUCUAUUUUACAACAGUAUAUUUUAUAACAGUGUUAAGUAUAUCAUUUGUUUGUGAGCUAUGUGAAUUUUAAAUAUAUGUCUUUUUAAUUUGUUUUCAAUAAAAGUCUUGGGUGGAA